GAGUGGGUACAAAGUGUGCCUCCCAAGCACGGGCGGUCGUCAGUGACUGUAUAGACUACAGACGAGAUGGUCAACUACAAGCGAGUUGUAUGCGAGGUGGCCGCAGUCCUGCUGAUAGUGGCCGCAGCCUGUGCCGCCCCAGCUCCAGCACCUGAUUGCGAAGAGAAAAAGAUUGAUCAGCGUCAAAACGGCACCGAAAAUUAUCGUCUCAAUAUAGAUGGCGUCCUCAUUGCUGUUGCUCCAGCCGAGUCUUUUCUAUCGGCGUCGAGUUAUCUCGGAGACUUAUUGGAUAUGGCUGAGUUAGACGAUUAUUUGAAGCCUAAUUCCGAUUCCAUGAAACCAGCGAAGCCAGUAUCGGAUAUAUUAAACGAUAAAUUAAGCAGUGAAGAUACACAAAAGCCCGAAGCUAGUCCACAAAGAAAGGACGCCUCUGUUAGAAAACAGGAAAAAGUUAAAAGACUGAAGCAGCGACUUGCUAACGUUCUUAUACCGUUGUUACGAAAAAACCGCAACCAUUGAAAAUUUAUUGUGAUCGAAGAUGAUGCCAAGAAUAUAAAUGCCGUAAAGGCUUUGCAAGAGUGAUACGUAAAUGCAUUUAUUUUUUGUAAUCUUAUGUUAGUUUUAAGAAGAUAUGUACUAAUGUAUGUGUAUUGUUUUGUUGAAAAUAAAUAAAAAUUCUUAUUGAAAAAUCCA